UGUUUCUUCGCCCUAACCUGCCUCUCUGCUUGCCCCUUCUGUGCCUUGUCCCCGGCCUCCGUGCCCUCGCCGCUCCUUUCGGACGCAGCUUGGAGCGGACGGGCGGGGCAGCUUGGCGCGGGCUGGCGCGUCCGGCCUGGUUAACCGGUGCCCUCCGAGCACCGGGCGCACGGCGAAACGCACCAAGAAGGUCGGAAUCGUGGGCAAAUACGGGACCCGUUAUGGUGCCUCCCUGAGGAAAAUGGUGAAGAAAAUUGAAAUCAGCCAGCACGCCAAGUACACUUGCUCCUUCUGUGGCAAGGUUUUGUCAAACGCUUUUCAUUUAAAGAAAGUUGUUUGGGAGCUAAAGGGGGAAAAUUAUUUGGCAGCCCCAGCGGAAGCCAAACCUGCUUUAUGGGGCAUGUUCUACCAAGAUGAAGAGACGAGCUGUGGGAAUUUGGCACUGUGGUUCCUGCAUGAAAACGGUAGCUGGUGGUGCGUGGACCUACAAUUUUGGAACCAAAUUUGUUUUUCUUUCCAGCACCACUUCUGCCGUCACAGUAAAGUCUGCCAUCAGAAGACUGAAGGAAUUGAAGGACCAGUAGAAGCGCCACCAUUUGAUACGUUGCUAGCCUAUAAUAAAAGGGUUAAUUUAUGUAACAAAAUUACUUUGGUUUGUUGUUAAUUCUAUUAGUUAGAUGUUCUUAUUUGCAUUGCAUUAACUUGCUUUCUAAAAAAGGACUUGGAUAUUAAAAUUCUUUUAAUUUUUGUUGGAAAAACAUGCUGAGAUGGGUUGUC